GCUUGACAAGUGGCACGCUCUCACAUUCUGUGGGCUUUGCCUGCGAGCCAGUAAUAAACCCCUCUCUCUCUCUCUCUCUCUGCUUCACUUAGCUUACCGCGUCCUGAAGAAACAGCACACAACAACUCCAUAAGCUUCUUAUUCUCUCUCGAUCUCUUUUGGUGAAAUGGUUUGUUCCGAGACGACGACGCGGUCUUUUGCGAGCUCUUCUUCCGAGGCCGGAGCGGCGGAGGCGGCGUCGUCAGCGUCGUCGUCGGUUUCGGCGGGCGGCGGAGGGGAGGCGGAUCCGAUGAUGGUGAAGGAGGAGCUGGAGGCGGCGGAGGCGCUGGCGGAUUUGGCGCAUUUGGCGAUGAGGGAGAAUAGCGGCGCUGAAUCCGCUGGAAAUUGGGGGCUGAAGGGGAAGAGAGCCAAGAAGCGAGUCAAGAGCGAGUCUCCGCCUACGCUGUCCGGUUCGAACCCGGUUCCCGCCUGCCCGGAUCUUCCUCAGCAGGAUCAAGCAGUAAUAGGUCCAGCGCAAUGUGAAAGGGUGUGCACAAAUGUGGUUGGAGAACCGGUGAAGACUGAGCUGGUUAUGAACAAAAAGAUUGCAAAGUCCGAGCACGAUGUAGAAUUGACCACUUCAACUCCUAUCUGCACUACAAGUUAUCCAUCAUUUAGCUGCACUAAGUCAAGGCGAAAUCUCACUGAGGAGGAAAAAGAAGAACGGAGAAUACGCAGAAUCUUGGCUAACAGAGAGUCAGCUAGGCAGACAAUUCGCCGAAGGCAGGCUUUAUGUGAGGAUUUGACUAAAAAGGCUGCAGAUUUAGCAUUGGAGAAUGAAAGUCUAAAAAGGAAAAAGGAUUUGGCCUUAAAACAAUAUCAGUCUUUGGAAGAAACAAAUAGGCUCUUAAAAGUUCAGAUGGCUAAGGCGAGAAAAGCAGAGGCUGAGGAAACUCCGGAUGAAAAUAUGUCGGCCUAUGUCCAGAUACCUUCGUCUUCACCUACGAAUCCCCCUUUGUUCUUGUUUAACCGUCCACCAUUUGCACCUGUUUUCUGGCCUUCUAUCAUUCAAUCUUCAAAUUCCAUUCAGUUGCAACAGGUACCACAAAACCCGAUGGCCACUCCAUCAAACAUCUCUUUACCCAGUAAUGGUACAGCUGAUUCUUCUCAUGAACUAGGAAACCCCAUAAAUGUUAAUGGAUCAAGAACCCCCUUAUAUGUAUUUCCGUGUCCUUGGUUCUUUCCUCAUUUUGAUAAUGGGAAUGGACUCCAACCUCAGUCAUCAUGCCUGGAAAAUAAAAAAGAAGGAGCUUUCUUUAAUAAUCAGUGCAGUGCUAGUUCAUCUUCAAGAACUGCUGCACAGUUGGACAACAACCAGUCCACUUUCCCUGUUAGAUUAGACACAGAAGCUUCUGGCUCAAUGGAAGCCGGACCAAGAACUGAUCUGAAUGAAAACCCAGCUCAGUUUCCUCUCGAUGGAGGUGAUCAACAUACAGGCUUUCACCCUAAAGAAAAUGGAUCUAGAGAGAUAUUUCUUUCUCCUUUGCUGAACCAUGGAGGAGUUGCAUCCACUAUUAUAAAGCAUGAGAAUGGACUGGAGUCAGAUUUCAGUGCAAAUACUGAAAAGUCUUUGACAGCGUGCCAUCCGUUUUCUUCCUUGCCUGAGAAGAAUAGUGAGCCAAUCAUCUACCCCAGUAGGAAAAUAGCGGAUGCCAUUGCAGCCGCUGAGGCACGAAAGAGGAGGAAGAAACUUACAAAGCUAAAGAACCUUCAUGGCCGUCAGUGUCGAAUGCAAUGUUAAGCUUUAAGACCAGAUGUUGGGCAAGUGAAGUCUCCUGAUUUUCAUGCGAGUCUUUUUAUUUUUUAAGGGCUCCUUGGAGAUGGAGAGCAGAUCACGUAACCUUAAUUAUAGAAAGCUUUUGAGUCAAUGGAAGAAAAGAUGUCAGCCUGUAACUUGGGUACAUCUUUGAGGCUUUUGCUUUUACUUCA